GUGUAAAAUUUAUUUUAGAAUGAGUGUCAUAAUAAAAAUUUGUUGUGUCUAUCUUCUUAGUCUAUUUGUUUACAAUGUGUGUAAAGCUGAGGAAAGUGAUAUCUUUUCUAAAAAAUAUAAUAUGAAAUUUGAAGAAAUUUUUGGUAAAGAUUACAAAGAAAAUAUAUUUAGCAAGCCUAAAUCAGUAUCAGAAGAGCUUGACUGUGAAAUUCGAAAGUUAGCAUAUCAAUUUGCUAUGAAGUUGAAUCCUGGGCAAGGUUCACUUACGGAAUUAAGAGCUGUGCAUGAAGCUCUACAGUUAGAAGCUUGUGGCAGUAAAUUUGUAUAUAAAAAUGAAUACAAGCCUUCUGAGCUUGAUCUAAAAGAUGCAUUAAACAUUUUUGUUGAUAAUAUUAAUGGAGAUUUUAUUAGGACCGGAAAAAUUAAUGCUCCUUUUCAAGAUAUUCAAUCAGGUAUAGAUGAGUGUCAGAAACAGCUUAAACUUGGUUUUCCUAACAAGUGUGUUGUCAAUAUAAGAGGUGGAAUGUAUAACAUUUCCUCUCCCUUAUUUGUUACUUCAAGCAAUCUUGUUUUAACAAAUUAUAGAGACGAAGAAGUAAUUGUUACAUCAGAUCUUAAUAUUGAUGUAACUUGGAAAUCAUUCAAAUCAUCAUUAGAUAUUUACAUGAAUGUUAGUCCAAUAUUUGAAAAUCUUGUUCCAAAGCAAAGCACAAAAAGUGUAAUAUACUUAGGAUCUGUUACAGUUUCACAAUGUAGAGAGUUAUGUGAAGAAAAGCCUAUAUGUUCAUCCUUUAUCUUUUUUGAUAACUCAACAAAAGAUUUUGCAAACCAAUGUUAUAUUAGGACAGACGGAAUGUGGAAUACCAAAAAAUUUAAUGGAGUUAUCUCUGGUAAAAAGGUGAACAUUUUUUCUGCUGAUUUAAGUGGUUUUAAUUUGCCUGUCUUCGACCAAAUGUUUUUUGCUGAUCAGCGUUUAGUAAAAGCUCGGUUUCCAAAUGCUAAUCCAGAAAUACAAGGUCUUCAUACUUUUCCCACAGGUUACAUUGAUCAAGCAGCAUCAUGGUUGCCCCCUAAAGUUGCUUCUCCUCCUAUAGAUAUAAAGUUGCAGUCUCCGAAUAGACCUAAUUCUUAUUUUAGCAGCUUUUUUGUUGGUAUUGGUGGAACUGUAUCCCAAUUUGAACCUCCAAGUUCAUAUUGGGGAUCUUCAUCUCCUGUUGCAGGCAGUAUAUACAAUGUUCCCUCAGGAUUGCGAUACUAUAAUGACUCUGAAUUUAAUUCACGUAGCUGGAAGAACCCAAGUACUGGUGUUGUACAUGCUUUUCAUGGAGAUCAUUGGGGAAAUUGGAUGUUUAAAUUGGAUAGUAGAGACCAGGGAAGCCAAACGCUUAAAUGGAGCUGGGGUGGUUUUCAAGAAGCUCGUGGAGAUAGUAAUGGUCGAGAAUGGUAUAUUGAAAAUAUAUUUGAAGAACUGGAUGUUGCUAAUGAAUGGUUUUAUGAUAAAGAAGAAAAAAUUUUAUAUUAUUUUCCAAAUGUGACAGCAAAUGGAGAGUUUAUAUUACCAUCAAAGUUUCAAGUACCACAACUGCCCUCCUUGAUUCGAAUGAUUGGUUCUAAAGAUAAUCCUAUUAUAAAUACUGCUGUUUCUGGUCUUACUUUACUUCAUUCAACUCAAACUUUUAUGGAGCCUUAUCAAGUACCCAGCGGAGGAGAUUGGUCUGUUCAUCCAAAUGGCAUGUUAUUUUUAGAAGGAACCGUAAAUGUUACUAUUAGUAAUUGCAUAUUCAAUUCUCCUGGAGGAAAUGGAAUUUUUGUUAAAGGUUUUCACAGAAAUCUACAAAUUUCUCAAAACACUAUGUUUAACCUUGGUGACAAUGGUAUAGUACUUGUUGGUCAAUCUAAGCUUAUUGAUGGAAGUGAAGGUUAUCACCCUGAUGGUACUAGAAUUUACAAAAAUAUUAUUUAUGAAAUUGGUAUUUGGGGAAAGCAGUCAUAUUCUUUUGUUCAAUCUGUUUCAAGAGGAACAAUAAUUGAUUCAAAUGUAUUUUUUAAUGGUCCACGAGCUGGAAUAAAUAUUAAUGAUGGAUUUGGAGGUGGCAAUAUGAUACAAAACAAUUUGCUUUUCAAUUUUGUCAGAGAAACUGAUGAUCAUGGUCCAAUUAAUACAUGGGAUCGCGUACCAUAUCUUACUCGCAAUGAUGGCCGCUUGUCAAUGGGUGUAAAAUUAAAUCAUAUCUAUAAAAACUUUCUUGUGAAUAAUUACCGAUCAGUAUGGCCUAUUGAUCAUGACGAUGGUUCUAGCUAUUGGUUUGAUAGUUUCAAUUUCUUAGUCUAUGGAGGUUUUAAAGAUUAUCUUGGCCAUGAUCUGCAUUCUCAGAAUAACAUUUAUGUUUAUCCAAAAGAUGGAAAUUGUGUUUUAACUAUCGGCCAAAUUAAAUAUGUUACCGGUUAUAAUGAUACUUUUUCAUCCAACAUCUGCGUCACUCAGAAUACUCAGAUUUCUAAUUUGGGUAGUUGUAACCAAAAGGAUAUCUUCGCGUUAAUUCCUUUGUUUGCAGAAAACAUUUAUUAUACUCCGUCUGGUGCAAUUCAAGUCAAUUGUGGGGGUAGCAUAUGGAAUUUGACUACACUUCAGCAACAAGGAAUGGAAAAAGGAUCUAUAUCACAAAUCCUGCCUUCUGACUUUGAAAUUGUAAAUUGGGGAAAAGAGUUAUUUAGCUUAUAAGUGAUUAUUUUAUGUUUGUACUUUGUAAAUGAUUAUUGUAUAAUAGUUCAAGUUUCUGUUUGAAGUUAUUCACAAAAAGUAUGUUGUUUUUUAAGUCAA